GCUGCGGAGGAGGUUGAGUGAGUAGAGUAUUAGCUGAAGGUAGAUGGAUGGCUGAGUGUGAGUCUAGGUAGAGUGCCACCGGAGUGACGUCACCAACUGUAACCUCGCAGACCGGACACACAGAGCCGGUAACCUUAAUAAUCAUAUUCUACAAAAAUGUCUUUAUUCAAAGCUCGAGACUGGUGGUCCGCUACACUGGGAGAGAAUGAAGAAUUUGAUCAAGGAUGUUUGUGUGUGGCUGAUGUUGACAACAGUGGCUCAGGUCAAGACAAAAUAAUUGUGGGCAGUCACAGUGGCUUCCUCCGAAUAUUUUCUCCUCACUCUUUGAAAGCUGCUGAAGGGAUUCAGGCUGAAGAUUUGCUACUAGAAGUCCAUUUGCGGGAUCCUGUGCUUCAAGUGGAAGUUGGAAAAUUUGUUUCGGGCACUGAACUUCUUCAUCUAGCGGUACUACAUCCCAGAAAGCUGUGUGUAUAUUCGGUCUCAGGUACUCUAGGAAAUGUUGAACAUGGUAACCAAUAUCAAAUAAAGCUAAUGUAUGAACACAACCUUCAGAGGACUGCCUGCAACAUGACACAUGGGCCAUUUGGAGGAGUAAAAGGAAGGGAUUUGAUUUGUAUCCAGUCAAUGGAUGGAGUACUAAUGUUUUUUGAACAGGAAAGCUAUGCAUUUGGCAGAUUUUUGCCAGGAUUUCUUUUACCCGGUCCCCUGAGCUAUAAUCCAAGAGCAGAUUCCUUUGUUACAGUCUCAUCCUGUCGACAAGUUGAAAGCUACAAAUACCAGGUGCUUGCUUUUGCAACGGAUGCAGAUACCAGGAAGGAGACAGAACAGCAAAAAAUUGGAGCAGCAAAGAAACUGGUGGCCGACUGGAUGCUGAGCAUUGGUGAACAGGCACUGGAUAUUUGCAUCGUCUCCUUUAAUCAGACAGCUUCCUCUAUUUUUGUUCUUGGCGAAAGAAACUUCUUCUGCCUGAAGGAGAAUGGACAGAUCCGCUUCAUGAAAAAACUUGAUUACAGUCCAAGCUGCUUCCUUCCAUAUUGUUCAGUGACUGAAGGAACAAUAAACACAUUGGUCGGAAACCAUAAUAAUAUGUUGCUUGUGUACCAGGACGUGACAUUGAAGUGGGCAGCUCAGCUUCCGCACAUACCAGUUGCAGUAAAAGUUGCUAAUUUCCAGGAUCUAAAGGGUGUUAUUGUCACCCUGAGUGACAGUGGACAAUUACAGGGCUCAUACCUUGGCACUGAUCCUUCCCUCUUCCAGGCUCCUAAAGUAGAAUCCAGGGAUAUCAACUAUGAUGAACUUGAUGUCGAAAUGAAAGAACUUCAGAGAAUUAUCAAGGAGGCUUCAAAAACACAAGAUAUUUUGCCAAAGAUGGAAAAAGAAGAUGAUUUGACGUUAGUGGCAGCUGUGUCUUCUGACCUUGAUUCUGUAUCACAAGCAGUUGACAGUGAAGUGGAGUCCGAAGUCAUCCCUUCUGUGACUGUAAAGCUCUCUGUAAAAAGCAGACUGGCUGUACAAAAGUCCAUGGUGUCUAUAUAUGUCCCUCAGCCUUUGGCACUUACUCAAGACCUAUUCAUUUUUGAUUCCAUAGAGCCUGGCAUAACUAAAACAGUAAGUUUUUCUGUGUACCAGAAGGGUAAAUGUCCUCCAGCCGACCUUGAAGGAAGUGCAGUGGUUUCAUUCAGCACACCAACAGAACUGAAUCCUGAAGGUGUUCCUCGAGUUGUGCAAUGUAAAUUCCGUCUCCCGCUAAGGCUAAUUUGCUCCCCUAUUCAGGCUUCAAAAGCUGCAAGUCACAAACUGACUAUUGAUACCAACAAACCUCCUGUAAACCUAAUAUACCUCUUUCCAGACUUUUUAGAUCGAGUAGAGGAUGACCAGAUCAAUGUUUUAGGAUUCCAAUUACUGGCUGGCAAGAAGGUCACUCUUCUUGCGUCUAAAACAUCUCAACGCUAUAGGAUUCAGAGUGAACAGUUUGAAGACCUCUGGCUUAUAACGAGAGAGCUUGUUUUGCGUUUCGAGGAAUAUUUUCAGAAGCAAGGAGUCAAAGACUUCACGUGUUCUUUUUCAGGCCCAUUGCCCCUGCAAGAAUAUUUUGAACUAAUUGACCAGCAUUUUGAGCUCCGAUUGAACAUAGAGAAGUAUGAAAAUCUAUUAUCUGAACGUGCAGUACAGUUUCGAGCCAUCCAGAGACUUCUUUUAACACGUUUCAAAGAUAAGACUCCUACUCCUUUGCAGAAUUUGGACACUUUGUUGGAUGGUACCUACAGGCAGAUAAUUGGUAUAUCAGAUGCAAUGGAUGAAGCUCAACAAAACCUGUCCAGAGCAUUCAUAAGACUGAAGAGUGCCACCCAUUUAAUGAUUAUACUGAUUGGAUUGUGGCAUAAACUUAGCAAAGACCAGAUGGGCAUUCUACAGGCAACAUUCCUACCAUUACUGCAGGAUGGGCAAGAGCUGGGUUGGGAAGAGUCAGUGGAUGCUGCAGUAUCUCAUUUGUUACGAACAUGUCUGUCUAAAAGUUCUAAAGAACAAGCUCUCAAUUUAACUAGUCAGCUAAGCAUACCAAAAGAUACGGCCAGACUAAAGAAGCAUGUCACCUUAUUGUGUGACAGACUGGCCAAAGGUGGGAGGCUUUCUCUAAGCGCUGACUCAGGAUCUCAACAAGCCAUUGUGAUGCCAGGAUUCCCCAUGAAUGCUACAGUCCCUGUGAGCAAUGCAUAGUCUGCAUUCCAAUCUGAUUAUUAAAAUCUUAUGCACAUUUUAGUAGAUUGAAAAUUGCAAGUAUGACAUUAUCUGAUGUCCUAACACUGUGCACUUCGGACUAAAUAUGGAAGAGGAAAGGGAGAAUACAGAAUACGCGGAAGCCCAGGUCCAACAGCGAUAGCUAUAAAAGGGCAGUGGAAAGUCACAUUGAAGAUCUCCUUGAAGUCCGUUCUUAUUGAACUUUGCCUAGAACAAUCAAGAUGAAGCUUUAUUUCCGUGCAAGUCUAGAGGGACGUGUGUAUGCAGCUAGACAAGAGAUACUGAGUAUCCAAUGUAAUACAGUUUUUUAGCGUUUAUGAUCAUUGUUAAGAAAUCCUAAUGUUUUAUAAAAACAAAUAUGGUUACCUGUUUUACAGUGACUUUACAGACAUAGUAAAUAUAUGUAUUAUAAGUUAGAUAUUAUCACGUAUAUAUCGGGGAAGUAGAAAAUACAUAAUGUUUUCUCAGGCUAACUUAUUUAGUAACUCAGUUAUUUCAUGGAUUUUAUUUUUUCAAUUAGCCAACUUGGUGUAUGUAAUAUCAUCAAUAAUCCUAAACUAGCAACCUAUGCUACCAGCCACAGUUUCCUGUACCAUCUGUAAAUGUUGUAAACCAGUCUACAACCUGCAUUUUGUGAACAUAUACUGUUUCUGAAAUGUGUAGGGUAAGUUAGUACAAAUGUUAUGAGAUACAGGUUAUCCAGUUACUUAACACUUUUUUUUGUUUUUGGAACAAAGGUAAUAUUAUAAUUCCACAAAACAAUUUAAAGUGAAUGUAAAUUUUGAUGUUUAA